UCAUACGAUGUGUGCAUUGCAUUUGUCUAAUAUACUGAAAUGUUGCACCAUAUAGCUCAUUAUGCUAGCACGCCAGCCAAGUAGCUACCCCAGCAUGCAUCUCGUUACUUCUUUGGUCGGUCGACAGAUGAAAACAUGGCGGCGAUCAGUAAAUACUUUACAGCUAAGAACUGCACUGUAGCAGGCACCACAAUCGUUGCCUUGUAUCUUCUCAAGAGGAAAAGACAUGCUGACAAGAUAAAUGGGGUGAAAAGAUCAUCAGAACUACAGUUGAGCAAAGAUGAGGCCAAGAAGGAAAGGACGGUGGUGGACAAGGUGUUCUUUGCACGUAUCCUGAAGAUAGUGAAGAUCAUGGUUCCUGGAGUGUUCUGCAAAGAGUCAGGAUACUGUCUCCUCAUCGCUGCCAUGCUGGUGGCCAGAACCUACUGUGAUGUGUGGAUGAUCCAGAAUGGCACCAUGAUCGAGAGUGCAAUUAUUGGUCGUUCAACAAAAGAUUUCAAGAGACUCUUGUUCAACUUUAUAAAAGUCAUGCCAUUUAUCUCGCUGGUUAACAACUUCCUCAAGCUGGGUUUGAAUGAACUGAAGCUCUGUUGCCGGGUUCGACUCACCAAGCACCUCUAUGAUGAGUACCUACAAGGUUACACGUACUAUAAGAUUGGUAACCUGGACAACCGCAUCGGUAACCCCGACCAGCUGUUGACCCAGGACGUUGAGAGGUUCUGUAACAGUGUAGUGGACCUCUACUCCAACAUCAGCAAGCCUCUAUUGGACAUUGGUCUGUACAUCUUCAAGUUGACCUCGGCCAUCGGGCCACAGGGUCCUGCCUGUAUGAUAGGCUACCUGGUGUUCUCUGGGCUCAUCUUGACACGUCUGCGGCGGCCCAUCGGCAAGAUGACGGUGAUGGAGCAGAGAUACGAGGGAGAGUACCGAUUCGUCAACUCACGCCUAAUUACCAACAGUGAAGAAAUUGCCUUCUACAAUGGAAACCUGAGGGAGAAACAGACCAUUCACUCUACCUUCCAGAAACUGGUGGAUCAUUUGCACAAUUUCAUUGUCUUCCGCUUUUCAACUGGUUUCGUGGACAGCAUCAUUGCAAAGUAUAUUGCCACUGUUGUGGGGUACCUGGUGGUGAGCAGGCCGUUCCUGAACCACACCCACCCACGCCACCUACGCAGUACCCACGCUGAGCUGCUAGAGGACUAUUACCAGAGUGGGCGUAUGUUGCUGAGCAUGUCUCAGGCCCUGGGCAGAAUCGUCCUGGCUGGCAGAGAGAUGAGCAGGCUCUCUGGGUUCACAGCUCGCAUCACCGAGAUCAUGAAAGUCCUGAAAGAGCUGAACUCUGGGAAAUACGAGAGGACCAUGGUCUCUCAACAGGGAGGAAGAGAUGGUGAAUUACAAGAUAGAAUCACCUUGGUCCCAGGAAGUGGUGAAAUCAUCCACAAAGACAAGAUUAUUAAGUUUGAGCAUACACCCCUUGCAACGCCCAAUGGGGACAUUCUUAUCAAAGACCUUAGCUUUGAGGUGACGUCAGGGACAAACGUCUUGGUGUGUGGCCCCAACGGCUGUGGGAAGAGCUCACUCUUCAGAGUCCUGGGAGAGCUCUGGCCUCUGUUUGGUGGCCGUCUCACCAAACCUGAGCGAGGGAAACUCUUCUAUGUUCCCCAGAGGCCAUACAUGACCCUGGGCUCUCUGAGGGAUCAGGUGAUCUACCCAGAUACAGUGGAGGACCAGAGGAGGAAGGGCACCUUUGAUAAGGUGCUGAAGGAGUACCUGGACAACGUCCAGCUUGGUCACAUCCUGGAGCGGGAGGGCAGCUGGGACACGGUCCAGGACUGGAUGGACGUCCUCAGUGGAGGAGAGAAACAGAGGAUGGCUAUGGCCCGUCUGUUCUACCACAAGCCCCAGUUUGCCAUUCUGGAUGAGUGCACCAGUGCUGUGAGUGUAGAUGUGGAGGACUUCAUCUACAGCCAUUGUAGGACGGUUGGCAUCACGUUGUUCACAGUUUCUCACAGGAAGUCUUUGUGGAAGCACCAUGAGUACUACCUGCACAUGGACGGAAGGGGAAACUAUGAGUUCAAAGCCAUCACCCAGGAAACAAUUGCGUUUGGGUCAUAACGACCUCACCACAGCUAAUUAUUGCUCACAUAGAAGGUCCUAAGUAAUUCUGCACUACAUGAAGCAUAGGGAACAGAGAAGUCAAGUCCUAACAUAUUAAAAUGUUAUGCAACGGUAUGAAGACUGGGAGCUCAAUGUCAAGAGAGAGAUAGCUAAACCUAUAUUAGAUUAAAGGUAGAGUCCACAAUAUGACAUCAUACAGAGCAGGGUACACUUCCUGCUUGCAGAAAUAAACAAAACAAUUGAAUUCUGCCAAGACUGACCGUAUUGGCUCUUCCUGAGGGCAGAUUGAAUUCUGCCAAGACUGACCGUAUUGGCUCUUCCUGAGGGCAGAUUGAAUUCUGCCAAGACUGACCGUAUUGGCUCUUCCUGAGGGCAGAUUGAAUUCUGCCAAGACUGACCGUAUUGGCUCUUCCUGAGGGCAGAUUGAAUUCUGUUUAGAACUGGAAGCCGCCCCGCUGUGUAUGAUGAUGUCAUAUUGCAGAGUCUACCUUUAAGGACGUGCGUGUAGUGAGUUUUAAUUGUAUAUGACGCAAAUAAUGUACUAAGAAAAUUAGCCUUACCGAUUGUAUGUUUAAAUUUUAUUUCUGUUAAUAUUGCAUUGUUUUUCAUUAUUUAAAAUGGUCAGUUUUAAUGUCAAGUUUUGAAUUAAAUGUUUGUUUAGUGCUGUUUGUUGAAACACUGAAGUGCAUUCUUCUUUCAUGAAGCCAGUAACUGUAAAUGACGUUAAGCAUAGCUAGUCCAAAUAUGUCAAUUGUAGUACAUACAUGUACGCAAAAAAAAAUGUUUUGUCUCAUAGUAUAAACCCUCAGCGGCUGCCUCAAUUUGGAAGGUACUGCACUGUAGUUACUUUACACUGUACUUAAUUUAGCUUUGAUUAUUUUGUAAAAGGGGAUUGAGGACCUGGUACUUUUUGUUAACAUAGGAUAUUUAAAAUGCCAUUGCUAUGAGCUGAACAAGAAAUAAAUAUUUCAUUAAUAUAUAUUUCUUAAUUGUU